GACAACGCGAGGGUGAAGAACCUGAUUCUUCUCUGCCUCCUUCACAUUGGAAACACAUUCCUCUCCCUCUUCCCUUGGAUCAAAUGGUCGGUCCCCGAAUAUCCCGCUUAACGGCUCAUUACAAUACCCAUCUCUCUCAUCUACUUCACCCCACAUCACCCAAUCAACCCUCUUCCAAGAAACUUCCACGACCUUCUCCCUCUUUACAUCAACUGAGAGGAUUACUUUAUGUGGUUGAUAAUCUCGAGCGACAUAGAGGUUUCAAACCAGACGGUGUCACUGCGAACCUCAUUCUAGGGUGUUGGUUACGAUGCGGAGUCUCCUCCGUCGGGAUCGGACAUCAUGGGGGCUCAAUCGAAUCGAGGUUUGGGAUGAAAGUAAAUUGGAGAGUGUACAGAUCUAAGGAAGGUUGGAAAGUUGGGUGGAAACGACGUUCUAGGGCUUUAUGGGGGAAAGAAGAUGUCAGAAUGUUAUUCGAGAUCAUCGCCAGGAUUAUGGAGAAAAAUGUGGGAAUAGUUUCUUCCACCUCACCUCGUUCACAUAUAUCAAACGACAUUCCUGAUGGAGGAAAUCUGUCUCUCGGAUCUUCGGAAGAGAGCAUAGGUAUGGAUGGACAUCAAGGUGGAAGGGGAGAAACGGAAGGACGGGAAGGGGGAGAAGAACAAGGACAAGGGAGGAUAAGGUAUAUGGUGGAAUAUGAUAAACAUAUACUUCCUUUUUGUAAAAUGGUAGUGAGAGCAAUGAGGGAUUUAGAGGAUCAUGAGGGUGUACAAAUGGUUUUGGUUUGGAAAGCGGGAAUGAGAGAUCAGUUGAAGGAUGGUAUGAAAUCUUAAUGAAAUUUAAUAGUUUAUCUUC